GCCACUUGAAAAAAUGCCAAAUAUCUCACACACUUUCAGUAUUUUUAGCUGCGGCAAUCGAUUAAUCGACAUGUGCUAUCGUUGCCAUAACGACUAAAAACAAAUUGAAUUACCAAAAAAAAAAAAACAAACAUAAUUUUGACAAUUCACGUGCAAAAUGUACAAAAGCAGCGCACCAAAACGCACGGGCAUUUAUCGCAUCAAAGGCAACAUAGCGGACCUGCGGCUCGAGCUGAAGCUGCGGCAUGUCAGCGAAUGGCUGCCCGUGCCAAAAUUCGAAUAUACGGGCGCCAAACUUAACUACGGCGAUCAUUAUCCGGAGAGUCCGCGCAACGGCGGCUGGUCGGACUGUUUCAUCUAUGUGCCGUACGAGGAUCAAUACGGCAAUAACUAUUAUACCUACUACAACUAUUACAAUCCCGGCAGCGACUAUCCGGGCAGCAGCCGCACCAGUCGCACCAGUCGCAGCAGCAGCAGCGGCAUCGUUGCCGCCGCCAGUCGCACUUACCCCAGCAGCAGCCAUUCGCAGCUGGGCGAGCAGCCGGUGGAUGCCGCCUUCAGUGCACUCAAUCCGGAGCUGAGCAACGGUUCGACGGCCAGUCUGUACAUUGGCUGGCAGCAGAAGCACUUCAGUCGCAGGGAGCUGGAGCGCUACGGCGAUGCCAGCCAGUGCAAGACGACGCUGCAGCGUCGCUACCAUCGCUGGACGCGGCACAUUGUCGAGCUGCAGCGGCGCCAUCGGCUGCGCGUGCAGCGCGAGCAGGCGGAGCAGCAGAUACGUGUGCGCCGGCGCCGCAAAUCGAAGCGAAAAUCGGCGCACUCCAAGACGCCGCCGCUCUCCUCGCUGGCCAUAUCCGAAUGCAGCGUGGAGACGCAGCCGUUGCCGCCGCCGGAUGAUCCUAAUUUUGCGGCGCGCACCUGCCUCGUGCAUACGCUCAUCGAUGCGGAUUUGCGCGAGCUGCCGCAGGCGGACUGGCCGCCGGAGGCGCAACAACUGCACGACCAGGGCUACCAGCUGAUGUUCGUCUAUGCGCAACUGCAGCAGGACACGCUGCUGCUGAGCCUGCGCUACCAGCCGGCCGAGGGCCUGCUCUAUGUCUAUCCGGACUUCAGCACAACCGCCGACGACAUGGACUAUGUGCUCCAGAUCGACAACGAUUGCCGCCAGCUGUACGCCUACGGCUUUCAUCUGGCUGCCAUCGAUGCAGGCGCUGCGAACGCUGCGCAGCCGGCGGAUCAGCUGCUGGAACAGCUGCCCACGCCGGCCGACUCGCUGCCCGGCUCGGAGGCCAGCGCCGAGCAGCUGGUGAGCUACUAUCAAGCGAAACGUAGCGGCGCCUCAGCGCUGCGCCGCCUGCUCCAGUUCCAGCUGCCGCCGAAACGCAUGCGACGCGUCACCCUGCUGCUCCAGCUGCACGAGGCGCAGCACUUCGAGUACCCGAACAUCCAUGUGCGCUACUAUGUGAAUCCGCCCUCGCAUACGCUGCUGGAGCCGGCCAAUCCGAACGAUCCGUUUCCGUUGCGUGGCGCCACGGCCACCAGCGUGGCGGGCGGCGCCGCCCGGCUAGCGCACUUCUCGCACUGCUGGCAGCUGACGCUGCUCUGCGAGGAAUCCCAUGAGCCGCACCAGCUGCUGCACAUCUACUUCGAGGUGAUCAGCGUCGAUGGCUGGCAGCGCGAACGCUGCGAGGGCUACGCGCAUUUCGCAUGCUCGCUGCUGUCGCCGCUGCCCGCCGCCGCGUCCGCCGGCCUGCGGCUGCAGUGCAUCCGACCGAUGGGCAGCUGGCUGGAUGCGCUCAAUCGCUACUUCAUUGGCGGCCGUUCGCUGUUCGACUUUGUCGGCUACUUUAAGAGUCGAUCGCGCGACAAUCUGAUCCACAACCGGCUCGAGGCGGGCUCGAGGCACAUCAUGCGCAGCACCGGAACGCUGCUCUUCAGCCUGCAGAAGCUGCAGCAGCGCCACCAGCCGCUCGGCCAUCUGCUCGCCCCGGAGGACAGCGAUGACGAUGACAGUCCUGCGCCCGGCCACAGCGACAAGCCGGCCGUAUCCGCAACCCUGCAGGAGGUGCUGGUGGCCUAUGUGGAGGCGCGCGAGCGCAUCGAGGCGCUGCUCGGCCAGUCCGCGCUGGUCUAGCGAAGCUUUUGGCGCGACUGUACCAGCCCAUGAGGCGCCCGAGCAGGGCUCAGCGCAGUUGUAUCCGCCAGCUGGAUUUGAUUUAAGUUUGCCAACAGUAUCCACAAUUAAUUAUUACUUAUUAAUCUUUGCCAUUUAAACAGUAUUCAGCGAAAGGCCUGCUAGAUGCUAGAUCCAGGACAGCAGCGACUUUGCUAGAUUCGAAAACAAUUUAGUUCUUUUUUUUGUACCAAAAUAAGCUUGCACACUUGCAGGCACAAGCAUAAUUUAAGCGCCAUCUAAGUAAAUCAAAGCAUGCUUUUAGGCGAUUCUACAAUUUACAAUGCGAACACAUGAAUAUGCUCCAGGCUGUUAGAAUGUACCAUAAAAGCUGCACAGCCAUGCCGCUUAAGUCUCCAUUUAGCAUAAGAUACUAAUUUAAUAAGUAUAUACAAAGCUCAUUGCAAACUUACAAGCUACUUUAACAGCAGCUUGUAGACCAAGGCGACCGAGCCUGUACUUUGGCUAUACACUAAGAUUCCUUUAAGAUGUCAACCUGUUACUGUUAACUGUUAAGCAAAACAAUGCAGAAUAGAAGAGUAAAUAGUGACUGGAAUAUCGCCUAACUAGAAGCUUUGACUUAAGUUUUUCACAAAGCAAAUCUAACCUAACUUUUAUGUGCAGAACGCAAGCGGACUUAACCUCACUUUGCUGCUGAGCGAGAGAACAAAGGCGACAGAGCAGGUUUAGGUAAUAUAUCUAACAAGAGCUGAACCUUAAUGGAUGUCUUAUUUAGUCACUAGCAAAUGUUAAACAAUUACAUUUUUUUACACUA